GGAGGGUCCACACGGAGCCAGGGCAAGAGGAAGGGGAGGAGGGCGAAGCGGAGUGGGUGUAUGCCUGUGUCUGUCAGUGUGUCUCUCCGUCUGUUCACACCUCAGGGAGUGGGAGGUAGUGUGGGGCUGUGUGUCCACAGAGCAACAGGACAGGGGACACGACCUCAGAACAGCAGCAGGAGAGAGAAGGCUCACGAGACGCUCCAAAAUGGCUGCAGUGGUGGCCACGUCCGCACCUGCCAACAUCACCUCCAACCAGAGCACCUGCAAUGUGCAUAACCAUCACUUCUCUGCCAAGGUCACCUUCUCCCUCUUCUACACUGCCCUGCUGGUGUUCGGCGCCUGCGGAAACAUCCUGGCCCUCUGCAUCACCUUCCAGCGCAGGAAGAAGAAACUCAACUCCACCGACCUCUACCUGGUGAACCUGGCUCUGUCCGACGCCCUCUUCACACUGGCGCUGCCUGGCAGGAUCGCCUACUACGUCCUGGAGUUUAACUGGCCCUUUGGGGAUUGGUUCUGCCGGGUCACCGCCUUUGUCUUCUACAUGAACACCUACGUGAGCAUCUACUUCAUGACCUGUGUCAGCGUGGACCGCUACAUCGCUGUGGUGCGCACCAGGCACCCUGGCAGGACCCGCAGGGUCAGCCGUGCCAGGGCUGUCUGCGCCCUCGUCUGGUUCCUGGUGUUCCUGCAGACGGCACCGCUCCUGCUGCGGCCCAUGACGCGCCGGAUGGGUGACAAGCUGACAUGUAUGGAGUACUUCAACUUCGAGGAGAUUCCCAAGCUGCCCUACCUGCUCCUGGUGGCCUGUGUGCUCGGCUUCUUCCUGCCCGUGGGCAUCAUCUUGGUGUGCUAUGUGAGGAUCAACCUCAAGCUCUGCCAGACCGCCAAGGAGAACCCACUGACAGUGAGGAAUGGGCACCACCACCGGGCCUUCACAGUCAUCUUGGUGGUGCUGCUGGCCCUCCUGCUUUGCUUCAGCCCCUACCACAUCAACAUCGUCCAGUUCAUGGUCAGGAAGAUCCUCCACCAGCCAUCUUGCCAUGAGCAGCAGGCCUUCAAGAUGUCUCUGCAAGUCACCGUGGCAUUCAUGAACUUCAACUGCUGCAUUGACCCCAUCAUCUACUUCUUUGCCUUCCGAGGCUAUAAGCGGAGGCUUCUCCGCAUCUUCAGGAACAGCGGCUCCAUGGCCACCUCCUCCACUGCCAAGACCCCCUCUGAGAGCAACAGCAACAGCCAGCCACCCGGCUCCAGCUCUGUCUAAUGUGACCCUCCUGUUCUCUCCAUCUGGCAGCGUGUGGACCAUUCCCUGCAGCAGCCGUGGGGCCGGGCCGCAGAGCAGGACCAGACCCCACCGCUCUGCCUGGAACCAGGGGCUUUUGCACAGCUAACACAGCACCAACCCAGCUGCUGCCUGCAGCUCUUUCCCUGCAAGGAUGAAGAGCAGCUUGCUGCUGUCCCUUCACCACGCACUGCAUGGGAUGGGUGGCAAGUGGGCACCAUGUGAGCAGAUCCUGGUCCCCUCUGUGGCACUGGGAGGAAGCGCAUGAUUCCCUGCAACAUUAAUCCACCUCACUCUUCCCAUAAAAGGGACUGAUGGUGGUCUUGCUCUGCUUUGGCUGACCUUCCCUUGAAGAUGAGGACUGGAACAUGAGCCAAACCAGGAUGUUCCUGGGGCCUUGCUAAGGGUAGGUCACACAUGACCCUCACCAGAGCCAGGAGGCAUCUGGUUCCCAUCAAAGCCUGUGCAGUAAGGAAAAGGUUGGUGUGACCUAGGAGCUCCACAGCUCCGCUCUGAAGCUGCUGGAUUACAGGGCUGGACACAAGCAAACCAGAUUUCAUGGUUUUGUACUGGAGGCUGGAAGGGACACAGAUAUGCACAGAGAUAUGAAGAGGAGGAAAACCAGCUUUCUUUUGCUUAACUUUAAAGCAGUUCCAUUAAUGAUACUUCUGAUUACCAGAAUUUGUUCUUGAAGGCAGUAACAUUUCAUGCUUGGAGGUUAAUAAUACAGGUGUGUGCAGCUCUUUGAGUGUGUAUGAGUUAUCUUUUGGAUGAAAAUAGCUUCACCUGCACACAGGUGACUGCAGGGAUGUACCUGAGGUUGGAAGGGCCUCCAGCAGAGCCCUGCAGGGUACCCGAGCCCUACUCCCAGCAGUCUAAACUCAGUGCUGGCCUGAAGGGAGCCUGUGUCCAAAAAACACAUUACAGUGGGCAUGGAAGAGCUGGUGGGCAGUAACCGAGGGGUAUUUGUGGUCUGAGCACUGCAAAGGAGCCCGGUGUGGAUGUCCAGCACACAGCCUGCUGGGAGCCGGGCCACCAUGCACAGGAGGUUGGUGGCUUUGUUUGUCCAGCAGAGGAUCAGGGGUUGCAAGGAGGGGCUCCCUAGCAGAGGUGUUACUCCGCUCUGUCUCCUCCCAUGGAGGCACUCCUGUGCUCUGCUCCACAGCUGAUGCAGAAGUGUGAAAAUGGGGCAUUUUACCACAAUAAGACAAUCACAGUAUCCUCCCCCAUGGGCACAGAGCACCUUCUCCACAUUUCAUUCAUUGCAUAAUGCUUGCCUCAGCCAGCACGUUUGCGCAGCACUGAGACAUGCAUGUUUCCUGCUGCUCACCUCACUCAUGUGUGAACUCGCUGAGAACAUUUCAUCCCUCCUCUUAUCAGCUCCUAUCAGCAACUGCAUUGCCACAGCUUUUGCUCCCUUCCUGACAUCCUUCUCGGUGCAAACGUGCCUGCACCCAGCGCCAUGCUGCUGCCAUCAGAUGAGGGAUGCCUGCAGUUGCAGGCACCCGCCAAGAUAACAUCAGGGGAGCGAACGCAGCGGGAGGGAGCUGCUGGCCUGCUGGGAGCACGUGGCCACACCUGGCAGCACAUCUGCUGACAGGGGGAGCUGGGACCUGCCUGGGGUUUCCAACAGUUCUAUUUUCAUACUAACUUUUCUUCUUUAAACCAUACCUGGAACUCCCUGUUUCACACCAGGAUACCCAUCCUCGUAUGGCACCAUGAUGUUGCCAUGUGAAAGUGCGUGCAUCAACCGAACCCAACAGCCUCUCACCGAGCAGCUCCUGCCUGCAGGUCUCCAUCAGCUGCCAUCAACACUCCAUCACCUGCUGGGGUGACACUGGGCUCCACUUCACAUCUGAGAUUGGCUGGGACUGACCGUGCUGUGCUCCUCCCUGGGUAAAAGCAGCACCUCAUGCAAAAGCAACCAAGUGAAAUGGGUGGAUGACCUUAGCAGACGUUCCUACAAGAAAAACCAUGGGUGGAUUUUCUGUACAGGCUCAGCCACACUGCUGAUCUGCUCAUGUUAUUCCAUCUCUCACUUGUUCAUCUGAGCCCCAUCUCACUCAUGUCUUCUUCAUUAAACUUAAAUGCUGGGUUCGUUACCUACUUUUCUCUGGCUGGAAGGCCAGAUGCUGCCUUCAGUUCAGCCAUGCAGUCCCUGUCCCCACCACCACUCCCCAUCUCAUGAUUGGGCUGAUGGCACCCAGUGGUGCACACCCUCUUGAAUUUCAAUGUAGAACUGUGUGCUCUUUCUGCAGCCAGGGCCCCUCUUCCCAGCAAAGGAGGAACAAUACCAUGAAGUGUUAAACCAAGUACUGUAUGCUUUACAGAAACUCAUACACACAUAUAAUAAAAUACUGUGUGUGCAUAUAUAAACACAUGUAGUGCUUGUGUGCUCACGUGACU